GCUGCACAGCGGAACUCUCUAAAGCUUGGACUGCCGCAUCAUCAUCGACAGCAACGAGUCUACCAGCUAUAAAGGAACAAGCACCUUCGGCACAAUCCUGUGGGCUUGGUGACUGUGCCAGUGCACGGACCACUAAUCAGUUCACUCUCGCUAUGCAGGUUGGUGAACCUUACGUUAUGUUUGCAAAAAAAAAAACGAGUGAUUAUUGCCUGGUACAACUACCGAGCCCACGGUACUGUGUUACUAUUAUUGCCGAAUGUGUUGAUGUAAUGCACUCGCUACUACUCCAAGCUGGAGAUAUUGAAUCUAACCCUGGCCAUUCUACUGAAGCCCUUCUCGCGGAAUUGCGUAAACUGACUAACGGCCAUGCGCAGGUAAUUACAGAAAUACAAGGCCUGAAAGCUCAACUCGGCAAUACUGACAAAACAAUAGGGAAAUUGAACGAAAGACUAACAGACCUCGAAAAUCGUUAUCAGGCAUUGGUACCACUGCGGAAAGAAAUUGAAAUCAUGCGCAUUGGCACAGAGCGCACUUCCUCUCGAAUUUCGGAGCUGGAAGCCCGUAUGGAUGACGCCGAGAACCGUUCGAGGCGAAAUAACCUAAUCUUCUACGGCAUCCCCGACCCCUCCUCCUCGGAAACAUUCGCAGAGACAGAGCAGUUGGUCGCAAACCUUUGCCGGGAUAACUUACAGGUAACCUUGGAACCAAGGGAUAUAGAGCGUGCGCAUCGCCUCGGCCGUCCCUCAGCUGGUCGCUGCCGGCCCAUAAUAGUAAAGCUUGCAUCACACAAGACCAAAGCUGCAAUAUUGUCAAAUGGCCAGAUGCUUAAAGGGACAAGUUAUGGCAUCGGUGAGGAUUUCUCGCGCCCUGUCCAAAAUGCCCGUAAACAACUAAUUGCUUUUGCGAAAAGUAAGAACAAGCCAUUUUCCGUCCGUUUCAAAACUCUGUAUAUGAACCAAAAGCGUUACGUCUUCGAUGACAGUACUAACAGCAUCAAAGAAUUAUCAUAGCAGACGAAGCACCAAAAAAAGAAAGAAAA